GGGUGCGGUCUGAAAUGGCAACAGCUCGUCGUGGAUCACUCAAGUGGAGUCCAUUCAAGUGGAAAGCUGCAGACUGCUGCUGGCCGUCCGUCGUCUUACAUGGGAAGGAAAAAAAUCACUCACAAUCCACGCGUGAUGUUGUGACACUUGGAGCAAAAGAAAGAAAAUCAGAAAAGAGCAGAAGAUUCAAAACGUGGACUUGAGCAAAUGUUACCGAGCGCUCUCUCUCUCUCUCUUUUUCACCCACCUCAUCGACUUUGAACCUGUUUGUUUAAAUCCACGGACUUUACAGCCUGCACACCCACGGCUGUUUCUCGUAAAGCGGAGAACUUGUUCAUUUGGGAGUGCCAAGAACUGUGUCCGAUGGAGUGAAGAGAUUUUCGGACAAAGUGCCCGUGACUGUCCCCCUACUCCACCAUGGACUGGACAGGUGAACCGGAGACGUACUGAAGGCACCUCUCUCCCUCGGGAGAGUCCUCCCUCCUCCCGGGGCGAUGCGGAUCCCCUUCCUAUUUCUCACCGCCUCUCUGUGCGCCAUGGUCCUCCUCCUCCUCGCACCUGCCUCGGAGGGCUGCGGACCGGGGAGAGGGUACGGCAAGAGACGGCUUCCGAAGAAGCUCAUCCCGCUUGCCUAUAAGCAAUUCAGCCCUAAUGUAGCCGAGAAGACUUUGGGGGCCAGCGGGCGUCCGGAGGGCAAAAUUACGCGCAACUCUGAGCGCUUCAAGGAACUGACACCCAACUACAACACGGACAUCAUCUUCAAAGAUGAAGAAGACACAGGUGCCGACAGGCUCAUGACGCAGCGAUGUAAAGACAAGUUAAACUCCCUGGCCAUCUCGGUGAUGAACAUGUGGCCCGGUGUGAAACUGAGAGUGACCGAAGGGUGGGAUGAGGACGGCCAUCACUCGGAGGACUCGCUGCACUAUGAGGGGCGUGCAGUUGAUAUCACAACCUCAGACAGAGACAGAAACAAGUACGCCAUGUUGGCUCGGCUUGCUGUAGAAGCUGGAUUUGACUGGGUCUACUAUGAGUCCAAAGCCCAUAUUCAUUGUAGCGUCAAGUCAGAACAUUCCGUCGCAGCAAAAACAGGCGGUUGCUUCCCUGCCGAUGCUCAAGUCAUCCUCGAGGGCGGCGUCACCAAACAUAUGCGUGACCUUCAACUUGGUGAGCGGGUUUUGGCUUCCUCCGCAACUGAUGGUCACGGGUCACUUCUCUACAGUCCAGUGUUAUCAUUCAUGGACCUCCAGCCUAACACCUCAAAGAUCUUCACCAUCAUUGGAACCAACACUGGACUAAAUAUCACACUCACGGCGGCACACCUUGUUUUCGUCACGGAUUGUCCGGGCGGACUUCAAGAGGAAAGCGUGAGGACAACUUUUGCCAGUGAAGUCCAGCCGGGUCAGUGCGUACUAACCUCACAAGGAACUGAGACGACACUCGCUGUUGUGACUUCUGUAGAGGAGAAGCAGAGCAUCGGGUUGUACGCCCCGCUCACCCAACACGGGUCCAUAGUGGUGAACAAUGUUCUAGCAUCAUGUUAUGCAGCUGUGGACGAUCACCAUUUGGCCCAUUGGGGUCUUGCUCCACUGCGUUUCUUCUACACGCUAAUGGGACCUGCAGAACAACAAACUGAUGGAGUGCACUGGUACCCGUGGCUUCUGAAACAUGUCGGGGAAAGGCUACUGGACCCUAAACACUUCCACCCUUUAGGAAUUGAGCACGGACUCUGACAGAACGACAGAAGAGUCAGAUAUGGCUUUAUAAUAUAUUUGUUUUCAACACAGCAGAGAUUUUAAGCUUCUGACCUCAUAAAAAAUCCCGUAGACACUCCACAAUAUUGUAGAAAGUCUUUCUAGACGAGUGGAAGUCCUAUUAGAUUAAUCGAUACGGUGUAAGAACCCCACUGUUAGAGCACCUUAACAUUCAAAAUGAUGACUUUUUAUGACAACACAAGCGACAAUCAGGCUCAUCAUGCAUUUUACUCUUCAUGGUGAGACAAAUGGGCAUAUAUUUUGGGAGUCAACGUUCAAACUCCACUGGGGAGAAAGUGAAGACAAAGUAAUGGAAAUGAAGGACAACGGUGGAAAGUCGUGUACAUUUAAUUUAUGCCGUUCAGCAGUAACAGAUUAAGCUUACCAUGUUUACUGAUUCUUUACAUUCCGUUCGAGGCAUUUUAGAAUGACGGAAAAUAUAUAUUUAUCUUAUGAUUUUAAAUUAUAUGUUCAUUGUGAUUUUUGUCGAGAUAAAAUUAUAUAUUAAAAAACAAAUAGCAGGACACUGCAACAUGAUACCUUGAGUAUGUCAUCAGGGUUUUACAGCAUGUACAUACAAUUGUAUUUUAUGUACUGGGACACAAAAUAAAAUGACUGAUAAUGUCCACUUAACAAAAUUAAAAAGCGGCUGCCUGAAUGCCUCAGGGAUCCUAUAAUUCAGGUCUCGCUCUGCUUCCGGUUCGUGGAGCUCAAACUUAAAGCUGUUUUUUUUAUUGGUUCCUCAGUCGAAGAUCAGGGAAUAAUAAGAGAUUCCACAGUAUUUUUUACCAUCUGCUUACAUCAACGCUGUAUGGUUCAUGUAUGUAUUCUUUAUAUGAGGUAUUUUAUUUAAAACAAAUAUGUUUUUAUUGUAAUAACGUUUGAGUUCCCCAUCGGCAAUAGGCCUAUCUAGCAAAAUAGACUCUACUAAGGUUGUAUUAAACUACUGUACACAUCUAACAGGUAUAUAACAUGUUCAUUCAUAUGCUUCGCAUGAGAAUUUUCAUUCAAUCCAUACACGAAAAAGCACAUUAAUAUAUAUUUUUAAUGAAGUUGGUGGUGAUGCGAGUACAAUUCAUGAAGGCUAUCACCAUGCAAAAACUCCACGGCACUAUAUUAUAAACCAAUACGAAAGAUUUGUCAAAUAUGUAUAUGAAGGUAUUUUCUGAGAAAUUAUUUAAAGAUUUAUUUUUAGAAUACGAUGUAAAUGUAUUAUUUUGUGGGGGGACAACAUGAUGUAUUCAUGUUAUGUUUGUGUUUAAUAAUAUAAAGUUGGU